AUGACGGCCGGUGGGAUCGACCCCACCUACUGGACCGCACAUGCCUCUAGCAAGCUGCGGGGGGCGCCGCGCGAGUUGGUCACGAGCGUCACGCUGGCUCACCAUGCCAGAGAAGAGCAACUUUGCGCCGGUCGUCCUGUUGCUCCCCUCAUGAUGGACACGUCGUUCCUGUACUACUGGGAAGCAUUUGCUCGGCAAAUGCGGGCCACGUACCUGAACCGCAGCCAUCAGGCCAAGGCCCUCGACCAUCUCCGGAACAUGGAGUAUGGCCGAGGGGUGUCAAUGGAGGACUACGUCUCGCAGUUCCUCACAAAUGCCGCACUCUCCGGGGUCACCCAGGAGUAUCUGCUCAAGCAGUACUUCCAGGAUGGCAUCCUGAGCCGCCUGUUCUCCGAGUUGGUGUACGCGCACGACUUCCCGCUUAGGCGGUACCUCGAGGAGGCAGUCCGUGUCAAGCAGGCGCGCUCCGAGCACGCCCAGCACCAGAGGAACUGCGCACCAAUCAAAAGAGCGGUGCGAUCCCCCUUGCCGCCACCCGGUGGCCAACAUCGGCCCGCCCCUAGUGGCGAGGCACCCCGAGCACUCGUGCCAUAUGGCACCCGAGCUCCCGCAGCCGCAGCAGCACGUCGGCCGAACCCCCCGGCUCGCCCUGCAAGUGCUGCAGCUUUGGGCAUUAGUCCCGAAGAGUUCAGGCGCAGGCGCACUGAAAAUCUUUGCCUGCAGUGUGGCAAAGGAGGCCACCUGGCCCGUGAGUGUCCACAGCGGACACGUGAGACGGCCCAGAUGAUGGCCCUACUCGAGUUCGAGGUAGACGAACUGGACUCCAAAGGCCCCGAGGAGUUCCACGAGUCUCAGACCGAGCUCGACGAAGACGAGGACUCCGGUAGUCCUCGGUUUUCGGAAAAAUAG